GAGUGCCCCCAACUCGCAGAGCUACUUCAAGAGGGAGCCCUUGCCUACAAGAAGGGCUUCGGCCUCAUGCGCCCUCCUCGUGUCACAAUCCGCUUCGUCCGGACCAUUGAGCCCGUGUACCCUCUGCGCGAGCUCCUCACCGCUGCGCGGCAGGAUGGUCCUGCUGGUACACACCGGCGGCUUCUGCAUUUUCCGGGCAAAAAGGCU